UUUUCGCGCGAGCUCCACAGUUUUCAGCGCGCAUCCACCAGCCAGGGUCGACUGUUCUCCUGGAAGGUCCGUGCACUUCGUCUGAAAAUUUGUCGUUUUUUCUGUGCUAUAGCCUGUGAAUCUUGGACACGGGAUUGGUGGUGGGAUAUAAUAUUGAGAAUUUUUAGCUAGAUAAUAUUUUCGGUGGAUGUGAAAGAGCUGGAAUUUGGAGGAGGCAGAGAAGUGAGUUGAAUUGUGAUUUUAUUUGUGUGGUUGAUGGAGAGAAAAUCAAUUUUGUGAGGUCUGUUAGGAAGAGAAAAAGACUCCACUAGAACGAACAAAAUUGUGUGGUUGAGUGAGAAAAGCAGAAGGUGGAAUUCCAGAGAAAUUGAGCAUCUUGGUAUAGGAAUUUUAUUUGCACGGUGACUACAUGAGGAAUACCAUGAGGUCAGAAUUGAGUUUGGAUCUGUCGACACCGACUACGAUGCCGCUGGAUGCGAGAAUAGCAGAAUUUAAGGAGGAUCCGGAAAGGAUGGAUGCAAUGGCAGAAUUUGUCGAUGGGAUUCUCAAGGAGGCGCGCUUGGAGACGGAAAAGAAGCUUGAAUUGAAGAACGCCAAUAAAAACCGUGAAGCUUUUUCCGUUGCAGGCAACAACAAUUCUGUGUUCUCGGGCCUCAAACGAGGAAGAUUGGUGGUAUCCAGAGCUCGUGGUGUCGUGCUGAGGAUCUUUGAGGCAAUUUGCAAUUGCACUAAUUCGGGCCCAGUGCCCCCACCGCGUCCGUCCACCCCAAAAACUGCACCAAAAUAAGAGGUGCUUUAGAGAUGAUCAACAACCAAAAAAUCUCAUCGGUUGUGUCUUUCAACCUUCCUCUUUAUGAAGAAAAAAAGAAAAAUUGUGUAUUCCAAUGGGAACGUAUAAAUCCAAAAAGUUAUUCCCUGUGAAACCGCAUAAUCUCCGAGAUGUCGUCAAGAUGAAUCCUCUGACGAUAGAAUCACUGUUCAACACCAAUUCUAUCCAGCUUUGUGUUUUCAUUAGCAAUCGUGUAAUCUCCACUUUUUGCUCUUCAGUUUUCUGAUAAAGAUUUUUACAGCAUAGUAUUGCGUCAUCCAUUUAUCAUGAAUCAUGCUCAAAUUAAAAAAGAAAAAUCUUAAACAUCUAGGUAAAAAUUUCCAAUGGAAAGAGAUAAUCAUCAAUGGACCCCCUCUUCAACAAUCAACAUAGAGAUAUAAUAAUAAAAAAAAUCAAUGUAAAGUGUUUCAAAACAACCCCCAAAAGCAGGUGCAUAAAAAUGGUUUUAUUAAACACUAUAUGGAACUUUUUCACCAACAAUCUGCUUAUACAUAUUUUAUGUGAGAAUUUUUGAAGAGCAGCAAAAAUUAAAAUUUUUGAGCAAAUCUGUGCAUUUCGAGACGUAUUUUUUGAUAUAAAAAAAAAGAAAUAUCCUCUUACACCUGUGUAUUACAUAAGCGAUUGAAAGAAAUAUUGACAUUUUAUCAAAUUGUGUAGAAUUAUGUUAAGGGACAAUCAUAUUUUAUGUAAAAUUGAUGAUUAAUCAAAAUGGAAAUAAAAAGAAAUUACCCACUGA